AUGAGAGGACAUGUCGUCGCUUCUGCUAGGGCUCGCGGCAGAAUAGAACCUGUCGCCGAAGAGAGGGAUAGCUCGGCGCUUCUACAGGAGGGGACUCACGGCGGCGGCAGGAGAGGGGAGAGCGCAGUGCUCAGUGAUGGAGAGAGCAGAGCUCGACGAUGGAGAGAGCUGAGCUUCGCGAGGGAGAGAGCAGCGCUCGGCGAGGGAGAGUUGCAGCAGAUCUCAGAGGCGCAGCAAGGGCGAGAGGCGCGGAGAGGGAGAGCUGCAGCGGAUCUCAGAGGCGCGGCGAGGGAGAGCUGCAGCAGAUCUCAGAGGCGCGACGAGGGCGAGAGGCACGGCGAGGGAGAGCUACAGCAGAUCUCAGAGGCGCAACGAGGGCGAGAGGCACGACAAGGGAGAGCUGCAGAGGCGCGGCGAGGGCGAGAGGCGCGGCGAGGGCGAGAGGCGCGGCUAGGGUGA